GCGAGCACGUGUUUUUUGUGCAUGUGUAGUCAAUGAUACGUUACGACUCGGAAGCGUAUCAAGUGCAGUAGUGAUUGAAAGUAAAAAUUAUUUUAUGUUUUGACUGAUUGUGGGUAGUGAGUAUCAUGGAUCAUCUAAACCAAGACAGUUUGUUAAAAUUGAAAAGCUUACGAAAAAAGGUCAAUUGGGGGAUUGAAAAACAGCGAGUUGAACUUCUGCGUCGAGUUAUUAAUCUCUUCAACGAAUGGAAUGGACAACUUCCCAAUCUUCUAGACGUUUUUCGGUUCUAUGAAAUUGAUUGGCUUAUCUCGGAAGUCGUAUCGAAAUAUAUGACAGGUUUGUGGGAAGAUAUUUGUGGAUCAGAACGUUUUAUUGAAUUCGUGAUCAGAACCGGCUACAAAAACAAGCCCCUCGUGGAUGAAGACGGCAAGCCAGCGUUGAAUCGUACUACACCAUUGCAUUACGCUGCUAGACACAUUGGAUGCAUCUUGAGGUUAAGGCGCGUAGUCGGCUGUUACGACAUUGUCAAGGAAUUCCUAAAUUUCGGCCUGGAUCCCAAUCACCUUUGGGCAGAAACAGGUGAUUCGCCACUGCACUUGGCUGUUGGAACCUGUAAAAGAAAUGAUGUGGUCGAAUUGCUGUUGAGACGCGGUGCAGACCCAAAUAUGACCAACAAGGAUGGAUUGACACCCCUGCAUAUUAUUAGCAAGAAUAAUUAUAGAGAUGACUUGGCGGAAAUGGUAUUUGAGAUCAGUGAUGAAAAACACGAGCCAGUUCGAGUCGACGCCCAGGACAAGUUCGGUCGAACACCGCUACACUUGGCACUGGAGAUCAGAAACAGAAACUUGAUGAAGAUUCUGAUGAGAAGAGGUGCGAGUCCGUAUAUAGCCGAUACAGAAGGACUGACACCUUUGCAUUACAUUUGCAUGAAAGACUGCUAUAAUGAAGUGAUAAAGAGGUUCUUCAAGAUCAGCGACAACAUCGAUCACCCAGUGCGAGUUAAUGCCCGGGAUAAGUUGGGUCGGACACCAUUGCGCUUAGCACUGGAUUUCGACAAUAAACACUUGAUCAAGUUUCUGUUGAGACACGGCGCCGAUCCAAAUUUGCCCGAUGCAUCCGGAUUAACUCCUCUGCACAUUAUUUGCAGAAGAUACUGCGAUGAAAGUGAUUUUGUGGAGAUGCUCUUCACUAUCUGCGACGAAAAACAUCAAACGGUGCAGGUCGACGCUCAGGACUAUAAGGGUGACACACCACUAUUCUACGCUCUGAGAAGCAACGGACUCAAGGUGGCCGAAUAUCUUUUAAGAAGAGGCGCUAAGCUGGGUUUGGCCAACAAAAAUGGAUUUACUCCUCUGCACUUUGUAAGCGAGUUAAACCACAGUAUUGGUUUGGCAAAAAUGUUAUUCGAGUUCAGCAAAGACGAAGAUUGGUGGAGCGACGGAAAGACAAAGGUCAAUGCCCAAGACAAGUGGGGUUGGACACCGUUGCAUUCAGCUCUGCUCCGGAACAACGAGAAGGUGGCUAAAUUUCUGCUAAGAAAAGGAUCUGAUCCAAAUUUGGCUAACAAAAACGGAUGGACUCCUUUGCAUUUUAUAAGUAAGACACACUACGAUAAUUUCGACUUAGUAAAUAAGUUAUUCGAGAUCAGCAACAAAAAAGAACAGCUGGUGCUGGUUGAUGCCAGAGACAUUAAUGGUCGGACACCCCUUCAAUUGGCCGUAGCGAAUUUUUUACCGGGUGUGGUUAAUGCACUCUUGGAUCACGGGGCUGAACUGUCUAGCUUUGUUUUUCCCCAUUUGAAUCAUCUCAAAAAUUGCUUUAAAUCACAUCGCAUCGAAGAGUUUAAAUUGAUAUCAACGUCUGGCGCUAUGCCCGUUAUCGAAUGCCUUGAGAAAAGAGGAUACGUAGUUGAUCGAAGCAACGCAAUGAAUAUAAUGAAAUUGUUCAUUGAGCAAGGAUUAUUCGCCAAGUCGGCAGACGUUAAAAUCAAUUGGUGUGACGAACAGGAGUUCGUGAACAAAACAAAAGCGGUAAAGAUAAAUUCGAGCCUGUCGCUAUACGAUCUCAUUCGCUUACGACCCGAAAAGGCCGUGAAACUGGUCACAUAUGCAGACUGCUUAGCGUUUUCACACUCUAUGGAGUUGUCGAAACUACCCAGAAGACCAAAAGAGGCAUGUACUGCGCACCUGUGCGAGAUAAUGUCAAGACGAUUUUUCCGACGCUGGGCAUUGGAAUCUUUUUGGAAACUUAUAUGGUACCGGUUACCAAUUGAAUGCUGCGAGAUGAUCAUGGAGCCACUGAUGAACGAAGAUUUAUAUAAUAUUUGCUUGGCAGAUCAAAACCAAAGUCUUAAUGACAGUCAAAAUAAAAUAAUGAAAAAUAUAAUAAAAUGUAAUGACGAAAAACAAAAUAUCCAUUAGGGCUAAAAAAAAAGAACCAAAAAAAGCUAUGUGAUUAUGAAUUGUAAAAAUACAUGAGAUUUUUUUAAAUUUAGUUAUGAAAUAACUAUAAAGAGCGAACAAGAUGACGAUUUGUGGUGUAUUUGCUUAGCGACAACAGGCCCAAGUUUGAUGUGUUGAUAAACAU